CCAAAAACUAAAGGACAGCACUCAUUAAACUACGCCCUUUGCGUUCUUCAGAGUUUUUUGGACUUUAUAUCUUCAUUCAGAUCCAUCGACCCUUUUUCCGCUAACAAAGCCUCCUAACUGUUUGAUAUCAUCGACAACCAUGUCCAAUCGCCGCACCACGCCCGGCGAAAAGGUAGUUUCUGAGCUUCAAGGAGGUCCAUCGACAGCAGAUCAGGUCUCGGAUACCAGUCCUGCUGUACCGGCCUAUGUCAUUUACAAGCUACUGUUCUUCACGGCCGCUAUGGUCUGUGUGCCAAUCGGGUCUUAUUUUCUGACUCUGAAUGUCAUCUUUCGAGGUAAUGCCUCGUAUGCAGGAGCGUUUGCUGCCAUUAUGGCCAAUGUCGUCUUAGUCGGUUACAUCAUUGCCGCUGUCAGAGAAGACCAGUCUGAAAAAAUCGAGCAAGAAAAGCUCAAGAAAGCACAGUAGCCGCCUGUCAGGACCUGUCAUUCUUUGUGAGGCACCGAUCAAAUUACUAGUGAUUCAACGAACAUCAAAUGUGUGGGGUCACUGGGUUAUAUUCAUGACACUGAGUCCAUCUCGCGUGUGCGCCUAUGGAUAUCUCCUAACCUGUGCAUAUUACCAUCAUGGCACCUCCUGAGUCCUCACCCACCCAGCUCAACAACCGACACCAGGUCAGCCCGCGUCACUAGAACGCGUCGUCGGAAUAUUUCAACUCGUCAUCCACAUUCUCACCAUCUUACAGCUGUCGAUCAUGCCAACAUCUGCAAUAUUACAUCAAGCAUUAAUCGUCAACCAGAGGCUCCAAUGAUGAGCUGUAUAACUGAUGCAAAUCACCCCGUCUUGUUACCAACAAGACAGACAAAAACUCCCAAUCGUGUAUUUCGUGUACGCCGGACAAAGAAUGACCCUUCCCACUCGGUCUUCGACUUUUUCUGCCAACCUAUGAGAUCAGGUGUCACGCUUACUGAACCUGCGCUUGAUCCAACUCUGUCGCUUAGCUGGUGGAGGAGGUGGAGCAUCGCUCUGGACGGUGCCGGGGCUGUUCAGGGGGAUCGGGGUCCGAGUGCUGGGUGAUCCAUACUGGUCGCCAUACAUGGAGGGACUCUGCACCGCAUCUGGUCCAUAUGGAUUGCCAGACGAGUAAGGGACAUGCUGAGAUUGACCAAAAGAAGGCUGAUUGAAUCGUGUGUCGUUGUUGAAACAGUUGUACUCGUCAGGCUUGCGGAGAUGGUGUAGUUGAUCAUUGGAACUGUUUUGUGAACUGGGGUUGGUGGAUUUGCUGUUGUCAUCCGAUCCUGAAGUAGCGGUUUCGUACGAAUGCUGGUAUGAGUGGGCCGACGUCGGGCUGUCAUGGUUUGCAAACUGCGCUGGCGUUCCAUAACCGUUCUGAUAGCCUUGAG